AUGUCAGGGGAUUGGGUCACCAACGUUGAUUCGGAGAUCCAAAAUAGGAGUCUUCCGAUACCAAUUUGGAACAAGCGGUCGAUUUACAAGAUAGCGGAAAACUUUGGCAAUCCUGAACGCAAAGAGGCCUACAAGCCUAAGUUGGUGUCCUUUGGGCCCUACCAUCAUGGCGAAUCUCAACUGAAACCUGUAGAAGAACACAAGUAUAGAGUGCUCAUUCACUUCCUUGGAAGAGCAAACAAAAGCGCCUGUGAUUGUGUGGCUGCUGUGGGGGGAGUGGUGCAACAACUGAUGGACUCCUAUGAUCAGCUGGCAGAGGAAUGGAGAGAUAGAAAGAGAUUUUUGCAGCUGAUGAUCCAGGAUGGAUGUUUCAUGAUCGAGAUCUUGAGAAAUGUGGGAGAGAGCGGAAGUGGCUAUUCAGAUGAUGAUCCCAUCUUCAGCAACCAUGCAAGGCUAUGUAAUCUGCCUCGCAUAAAGAGAGACAUGCUAAUGAUUGAAAACCAGCUUCCUCUUCUGCUGCUGAAGACGUUACUAGCUUUUGAAGCCAGAUCUCCCCCGGAUGAGGAAUACAUAAACAAGCUCGUAAUGAAACUUUUUGACCCCGGCUGGUCAACCGGUAUCAUAGGCCAGCGCCACCAUGUGUUGGACGUGGUUAGGGAGAGUAUGCUUCAAGUCACAGUACCGGUGCGGCGGAGCAUAUGUUCACGAAACAGAUCGAUGGGGCAGAGCACGUCUCCACAAAUAUUUAACCGAUCCGGGCAACCAGAUGCAUCGACGGGGCAGAACAUGUGUCAACCACCAUUUGAGCUAUGCAAAAGGACAUCUCAAAUCGAGAAUGACAAGCAUGAGGUGAUCUGGCCGGUGACACAGCUUCACGAGGCUGGAAUCAGGUUCAAGAAGAUCGAAAAUACGCAAAGCCUCAAAAGCAUCAAGUUCGAUAAGGGCUUCCUCUUUUUACCCGGCACCCUCAGCCUCCCUGUGAUAGAAGUUGAUGAUGCCACCGAGUCUAAAUUCCUCAAUCUAAUAGCAUUUGAGCAACUUCAUGCAGGUGCCGGCAGUGAAGUGAGUUCAUAUGUAUCCUUCAUGGACAAUAUUAUAGAUACAGAGAAAGAUGUAAUACUCCUCAACAAAAAAGGGAUUAUCAAGAAUUUUGUGGGGACUGAUGAGGCUGUGGCAAAGCUCUUUAACGGAAUCGCUUAUGAUGUGCCCAUCGAUCCAAAUAGUAGCCUUGGAAAUGUGCAUAAGGAUGUGACUGAUUACUGCAAGAGCUAUUGUCGCCAGUCGUUUGCCAACCUCUGGCACACCUACUUCAGUAGCCCAUGGUCUUGCAUUUCCCUCUUUGCUGCAAUUUUCCUCUUAUGCCUCACUGUCACCCUGGCCGUGUACCAAAUCCUUGAUUUCUAUAGGAACUAAGGCACCAUGGCCUGAUCUUGGUGAUCUAUUAUUCCUCCUGAGUUGCUUGAUUGCUUUUGCAUCUUUCUAUCAUCAUCAUCUUCUUCUUCUUCUUAUUCUUCUUCAUCUUCUUUAGGUGUCAGGUUUUCAUUUCAUCUAUCAGUGGAUUGAGUUCUAUAUAUAAUUUGUUUUCUUUUCGUUUUUGUAAUUCUUAUCGAUUGAUUUUCCUUUUGCAUUGAUUUGAUGCCUUACGCUUUCCUUUUCUCCUGAAAACUCUUUCAACCCAUUUGGAUGCCAAAACAAUCUAUUUUAAGGAGAAUGACCCUCCUCUUUUUCUUCAUCUCCAUGAAAUAGAGCCUGCUUCAAUUAU